UAUGCUAAUUGAAGAUUGUAACAUAUUUCAAAUGUGCCUUUUUUUUGUUAAUUCGUACCACAAGCUAUUUACUCCGUUCUGUUGAUUCCAUUAGUUUACUCCAUACUGUUGAUUUUAGUUGACAUUGAAGGUUAAUAUGUCAAACUAUUUGUGGUGUGGUCUAUUUUGCUCUAUGCACAUUGUCAAGUAAUUAGCAUUAUUACUAUCUCGAUAGUCAAGUGGUCAACAGGUAAGAAUUUUUGUUUUUGUUCGAUUUCAUUCGUAAAAGUCUUUAGCUAAUCUGGUUCAUCUUAAAUUUCUGCAUAUGACAAUAUAGAAUGCUCCUGAAAAACACCAAGAUUCCAUGAUGGGGCAGUGUUAACAGUAGAUUUUUUAUUGAAACUAACUCUACUGCUGGAAGUAAACUUAUUCGUUUGAGUUGAAAAUGUAGAAGUUCUAACAAAGUUGGAAGUAGGUGUAUGAGUAUGAGUCAUACUGCAAAUGAAAGCUCUGGUUUUUCUUAUAAGAAGUUGAUGCAUUUUGCUUUAGAAGAAACUAAUCCACAUACCUCUUUGGUCCCUCUCCACUGCAGGUAUCUGUAUUUUGGGUUUUCUUUGUUUUCCACAAUUUUUCAUUAUCUUUGUACUAAGCAUGUGAUUUAGCUGCUGUAUGUUUUUCUGUUUUUUGUUCUUUUUGCUUUGUUAAGUGUGAAACUUUGUCUGCUUCUGCAAAUUCUUGAAGAAGGAACAAAAUCUGUGUUAAAAAGAUUAGCAAUUUUAGGUUGAGACAAAAAAACAUGAGCGGUGAGCCUGUGACUGUGACUUUGUCUUUUUCUAUUAUGUUUGUGCUACCAGUUUUGUGCAUAGAAACAAGAAAAAUCACUAAGCAAUAGGGUCGUAGGCAGUAACCAUUAGAUAUGUUUAAUGUUAACGGUUCACCCGAUAACCGAACCGAUAACAAUGAAAAAUCGAUAAACCGAUAACCGAUAAUUUUCAAAACCGAACCGAACCGACCAACAUCUGGUCCUCUUGUACCAGGAACUAUGUUAUCUGGAUUACAGGAUAAUUUUCCAGCAACUCAGAGCAUCAGCUCUUUGACUAGUUCUAGUCUGAGUUCAGCUAAUUUGA